UAUAGUACGGUAUAUUGUAUUUACUGAUUUAUGGUAUUGCAGAAGUUUGGAUUCAUCUUUUUCCUUCAAACAUUAUUCCAUAAUCUAUCUCAUCGAGGGACCUUCCAUCCUGCUGUCCUGUGUUCCCAAUCAAUUAAGUGGUGGAUUUAUAAAAAAAAAAUUAAAAACGGACCUUGUUCCUCAAGCAACUUGGACUUUGAACUCUGAACUGUCGAAUUGUCAAACUGCUUCCAGACUCAGUUAAUCAGUUUGGAAAUACAAUACAGACUUUGGAGUUUGGAUAACACAUACAGAAUUAUCUGUUUUAUAAAAUAAAUAACAACGAUAUGCCUGAGAAAUCUGAUGAAAGACUUACAUCAGGUGACGCAAAUGAUGUCACAAAUAUAAGCAAUGAAUCUGUUAAUUUGAAGCAAAAGAUUUCUCUACUUAAUGGAGUUUGUUUAAUUGUCGGAAAUAUUAUUGGAUCAGGAAUUUUCUUGACACCUAAAGGAGUUCAGGAACAAUGUGGAUCUCCAGGAUUAAGUCUUAUUAUAUGGACAGUUUGUGGAGUAUUUUCAAUGAUUGGUGCGAUAUGUUACGCUGAACUUGGAACUACUAUUGUAAAGUCGGGAGCUAGUUAUGCUUAUAUCUUAGAGGCAUUCGGCCCAAUGAUUGGAUUUGUCCGACUCUGGGUAUCAGUACUUAUUAUAGAGCCAACUGUUCAGGCAGCAAUUGCGAUUACAUUUGCCAAUUACCUGAUUCAACCAUUCUUUCCUACUUGUGAACCGCCGUUUUAUGCUGUUCGUCUUCUUGCUGCAGUUUGUGUGUGUUUCAUCAUGGCAAUGAACUGCAUAAGUGUACGGUAUGGAACAAGGAUUCAAGAUAUAUUUGCAUAUGCUAAAGUGUUUGCACUGAUUGUCAUCAUUAUUACAGGAUUCGUUUGGAUUGGAUUAGGAAAAAGUUCAAGUUCUUUCAGAGAACCAUGGGCUGGGAUGACAGAUAAUGUUGGAAACAUUGCUCUUGCUAUGUAUUCCGGUCUUUAUGCUUAUUCUGGAUGGGAUACAUUGAACUUUAUGGUUGAAGAAUUACAAGACCCCUACAGGAAUCUUCCAAAUGCUAUCUACAUAUCGAUGCCUAUUUGUACCGUUAUUUAUAUCCUCACAAAUAUUGCAUAUUAUGCUGUUCUAUCACCUUCUGAAAUGAUCUCAUCAGACGCGGUAGCAGUGACAUUUGCAGCAGAAACUCUUGGGGUCAUGAAGUGGACUAUUCCAAUCUUUGUCGCAAUGUCAACGUUUGGUGGUUUGAAUUCUUCUAUGAUGGCGUCAUCAAGGUUAUUUUUCGUUGGAGCUCGUGAAGGUCAUCUUCCUGAUUAUUUCGCCAUGGUUACUGUUAGCAAGAAGAACGAGAGACACACACCUGCACCUAGCAUGAUAUUAACGGGUCUCUUAACUCUGGUCUAUCUUUGUGUUGAGAAUGUUUUUGAUUUGAUCAAUUACUACAGCUUCAUGUAUUGGUUAACAGUCGGCUUGUCAAUCGUAGGUCAAAUUAUUCUACGAUUUAAACGACCAGAACUACCUAGACCACUAAAGUUCAAUAUCGUAUUUCCAUUUGUUUUUUGUGUCGCAUGCUUGUUCCUUAUCGUUGUUCCGUUCAUCACUGAAACUGUGGAUUCCCUUAUUGGUACAGCUAUGGUAUUAUCAGGUUUUCCAAUAUAUUUUCUGUUUGUCUAUAUCAAACCGUCAAGGCACCCGAAAUGUUUGCGAAGCUCUAUCGAGUGGACAACAGAAUUUUUGCAGAAAAUUAUGCCUACAGCUACUACACAGAAAGAAAUUGAACACGAUUUUUAGGAUAUCAACAAUAACACAAACCUCAUUAGUUAAUUGUAAGACAGCAUUUUUCUCAAUGCAAUACAUCAUGCUUUUACUCAAUAUAUAUAUAUAUAUACCCAGAAUGGAAGUGGUUCUGAAAUAUAACUGUCCAAUUCCUAUUAAUUUAUUUGGUACUUUUUUGCACCCGUUUAGGUCUCUCUUUAGGGUAUUGAUUUAAAUUUUGAAUGUAUUUAUUUGGAUAUUGUGUCUGACCUGUCAAUAACACAUACCUCAUUAGUUAAUUGUAAGACAUCAUUUCUCUCAGGCGAGUAUAAAAUGCAAUAUUGUCACGAGUGUUCCAAGUAUAGUUGCCCAUGCCCACAGAACUAGACUGAUUCAUCAUGCUUUUACUCACAAUAUAUAAAUACUUUGAAUGAAAGUGGUUAUGAAAUAUAACUGUUCAAUUCCUAUUUAUUUAUUUGGUACUUUUUGCAUCUGCUUCUGUCUCUCUUUAGGUUAUUGAUUUUAUUUUCGAUUGUAUUUGUUUGGAUAUGGUUAUAUAAAAAAGAACAGGAUUGUUUCUGACCUGUGUCACCCAUGAAAAAAUGUAACAUGUGUGCACUUUGCAAAUAAUACCAAGACUUAUAUAAUGAUUUUAAAUGGACAUGUUUCCUUAUUGCUUAUGCUAUCCUUUUUCUUUUUUAUGUUUAUGAAAUUGUUACACAUUUGGCUUAUUUUUAGAUGAAAUGCUAUUUUUUGCACCAAUCAAAAUUGUUUUUGCAUCUUCUGCACUGUCUUAGCAUCGUGGUAGCUAUUCAUUUUUAUCAAUUUGGACACGCAGAAUAAUUGAAGUAAACAUUGUUUUAAUUAGUAUCCUCUAUUUUAUUUUGUCAGUAGUUACUUAUUGUUGUCUCAUAAGAUAUUUUAAAUGCUUAAAAAGACAUUUUCAAAUAAAAAUAAUAUAAAUUAUUUAUAAAAUCAAGAAUUAACUGGAUCGAAUAUAACCAAUUUUCAACGUAUUCGAUUUGGACAUCCCUUGGGGCAUAUUUUGAUCAAAUGGAAUAACUAGAUCUAGCGAAGUGACACUUUGUUGUUAGUAAAAAUACAACUAAAAUAUUCUUUGGCAGAACUUCUGAUUACCAACACUCUUCAUUAUUACCGGUACUUAUUGCAUCAUUAUAAAUAUGGAUGCCUGCUUACUCGACAAAAAGCCACGCCCAUCCAAUUAUUGCAAGAGCUUAAUACAUGAAUUUUGUGCCUCUUAGUUCUUUUUCCAUUAGGAUCUCUCGAUUGAAUUGUUAAAAUCAAAACUUAUGCCAGCAGACAAAAAGAAAUGUUUGAACUGAAUUCAAAACUUACCUGCACCUGUUAAAGCACUGCAUCAAAUUGUACAUUGGCAAUAAAUUUUCUCUUCGCACUAUUUUGGAGCGUGCAUCAUCCGCUAUUGCAUUCAUUUUUAAUUUAAGUACUUUCGCAUGUGUUUUUUUUAGUGUUGUAAAUAUUUUUAGCUAGUAAUAACUUAUUGCUUAGUAGAUCAUGAACCUAAUAAACAGAAAUGAAAUGCCUAUAUUUUCAAUAUAUAAAUCACUUCAUACACAGUUUUGCACUGUUAAAUAUCUUUUUGUUGUUGUUUAUGCGAGAAAAAAGAAUCUGCUCUGUGAUAGUGCAUUAGAUUUCCAUAUGAACCUGAUAAACAGAAAUGAAAUGCCUAUAUUUUCAAUAUAUAAAUCACCUCAUACACAGUUUUGCACUGUUAUCUCUUUUUUGUUUGUUGUCGUUUAUGCGAGCAGAAAAAUUUAUCUACUCUGUAAUAGAACCGCUAGACUGGUCUUUUAAGAAUAGAUAGUUGCUUGAUACCUUAGGUGAUAAAGAUGGUCCGUCUUACAAAAACUGAAUUGGAAUGUUUUUAACUAGCUACCGUACAUAUUGGUAUGUUAUUGUCGAAUAAACAUUGAACAAGCUUUGCAUGAA